CCACUGCUAGCUCUACAGUCGGGCCUAUACACCGAAGCUGCGGUUCCGCUCGAAAGAAUUGCAAAAUGCGCUCAGUGGCCGCCAACGUCCCGCAGAGCGCACCCCUGUCGGUGCGCGAGCGGAUUCUCUCAUCCUUUCACUGCUCACCCAGCACUUCUGGUCGCGCAUGCUGCCCUGCUCACGGCUUGCCGGCGGCUCGCCGGCAGUCCACAACAUGCGCAGCCUCAAAGGCAGCCAAGAGCGGCAAGUCGGGUGGCGGCCAGGGCUUCAAGGGCUUCGGCGAGGCUCCCAAGCCCGCUCCGCAGCAGCAGAAGCGCGACCUGAGCUUCGAACGGGACUCCGAUGAGGAGCUCGUCGGUCCCGCUGCCGCCGCCGCGCAACAGCUCGGCGACGAGGAUUACAACGAAAUCCGGCUGAAACCCGCCUACCAGAUGUAUGUCGACGCCGGCUUCAAGGCGCAGCGCUAUAUCGCACCGUCGCUGGCGCUCACGCGUCCGGAAGGCGAGCCGCUCGCGCAGCUGGCCGCCGGCGGCGCCACUCUGCCCGGCGACCUGCUGCUGGUCACGCCGGCGCUGGCGUUCGUGGAGGGCGGCUUCAACGAGCUGCCGGAGCUGGAGGACCUGCAUGCAGCCAUGAUGGAGGACGGGCCCACGCCCGCACAACGCCGAGUCAUGGACGUGCUGGAGGGGCUGCGACCCGACCCCACGGCGGCGGCGGCCGCCGGCUCCGCCGGCGCCGCAGCGGCGCCUACGGCGCCGCUGCCCUCCCUCUCCACGCUCGACGCCAAGUUCUGGUCGGGGCGCGGCAAGGACGCCAGCGCGCCGGCCUUCAGCUCCAAGCGGCUGAUGGGGCUGCUGGGCCGCACCGCCGCCUCGUUCGACAGCCAGGACCCCGCCUCCAUGCAGGCGCGGCACCAGAAGCCGGUGGGCUUCGUGUCGCUGUGGCCCGAGUACGCGCUGCUGGGCCACAGCUGCGUGCCCAACACCUCGGCCCUGGUGGUGGGGGACCGGCUGUUCAUGCACGCUACCGACGAGCUGGCCAAGGGCGCGCCGCUGACCCGCAACAUGAUCGGCACCGCCAUCACAUCCCCGCUGUCGGUUCGCCAGGCCGCCGUUGCUGAGGCCAUGUCCGACCUGCUCCCCGCCCCCUCCGCCACUUCCUCCGCCUCCGCCUCCACCUCCUCCGCCUCCACCUCCUCCGCCUCCGCCUCCACUUCCUCCGCCUCUUCCUCAGCACCCGUGCCGGCUUCGGUAACCGCCGAGGAGGGCGGCAUCCUUGCGGCGAGCGAGGCACUGCUCACGUCGUGCCGCUGCCGGCGCUGCCAGCUGGAGGCCAGCGUGUCGGAGUCGUUGCGCGACACGCUGGAGUCGGCGUUCGCCUGGUACGAGCAGGAGGCUACCGCCACCUUCUCCCGCGCCAACGAGGAGGAGGACAUGUCGCUGCUGCGCGGGCUGCUGGCAGAGGCCGAGACCAUCGUGGCUGAGGUGGAGGAGGCGGUGCAGGGCGAGCCGGGGCUGGACGACGAGCAGCAGGACUGGAUCCGGGCGUCGGUGUACGACGUGUACGACAUGCUCGUCACGCUGGACGAGCUGGUCAACGCCGACGGCGCCGACCUGGAGUACCUACAGACCUGCCUGCAGCUCAUCCGCGUGUUCGGGCCCGGCAGCGACAGCCACUUUGAGGUGGCGCUCAAGCACGAGAGCCUGCGCGUGCACCGGCUGGAGACGUUCAGCGAGAUGCUCAAGCGCGAGGGCCGCGGCCGCAAGAAGGCCAUCAGCGCCCUGGACCGCAAGAAGCUCAAGGCGCUCAAGGACGGCGCCGACCUCGCCGCUGAGUUCCGCAUCGAGUCGGUCAUCCUGCGCUACGGCUACGUGACGGAGCAAAUCCUGCAGCAGCUCACCGAGGGGCUGGAGACGUACAUGGAGGGGCUGGAGCAGAUGAGCGUCAUGCAGGCGCAGGGCCUGACGGAGCUGACUCGCGAGAUGGAGGUGGACGGCGUGCGCGUGCAGAUUGUGGACAAGCUGGAGGUGGCGCCCGGCGGCGGCGCCGGCUCCCGCGCCAGCAGCACAGAGAUCAUCAACCACGACGGCAUGCAGCUGUCGGUGGUGGACGGGCCCGGCAGCGGCGGCGACGACGACAUUGAGGGCGAUGGCGGCGACCUGGUGGACGUGCAGGAGGGCGCGGGCGAGGAGCUGGAUCUGGAGGACCUGGAGGACCUGGAUCUGGGCGUGGAUCCGGAGGGCCGCGCGCCCAUUGACCUGGAGCUGGACGGCGACGUGGACAUGGAGGCGGUGCAGGCGGCCAUUGACGACGCGCUGGCGCAGGAGAUUGAGGCCAUUGAGAGGGAGGAGCGGGAGAAGCAGGCGCGGGGCAAGGGCGCCGACGCCAAGACGUAGUGUGGUGGCAGGUGCUGCGUAUUCAGGGCGUGUAUGUAAACUCGUGUGUGCUUGAUUGAUGCUUUGUUCGGCGCUGGUGUGACGGGGGCCGGGCUCUGUGGUGAGACUUAUAGGACGAGCGGGCCUAAGUUCGUUUCGUACGCACUACGCAGUUGACCCGCUGUCCCUUUCCACUGACUGGUCCCUGUGGCCCACCCCGGACUAACUUGCGCACAGAGCAGCACAUCCUCGAUUCACGAGUUCCAGUUUGGGGAAGCCUUCGCAGGCUGCUUUCGACGCACCAUGCUCUCCCCAGUCUGGACGAGUCCUGGUCGGAUUCAGUCCCUCACUCUGCUCACCAGAUCUCUUUGAACUCGAACAAAAUCGAAUGAGACAAAUGUUUGUAACGACGUGAGCAU